CACACUCUAGCUAUAAACACUAGACUUGCCUCCCCCUUUCUCCCACACUCUGUUUCUCUCUCUCUAUUUUGUUCAUUAAGGGUAGAAGAAGAAGGCAUCCACAAUGUCUAUGGUGGAGGUGAGAGUUCCAAAUCUUGACUGUGAGGGAUGCGCUUCAAAGUUGAAAAAGGCCCUUCUCAAGCUCAAAGGAGUGGAUGAAGUGGAAGUGGAAAUAGAGAUGCAGAAAAUAACAGUGAGAGGGUACGGAUUGGAGGAGAAGAAAGUGGUGAAGGCAAUAAAGAGAGCUGGGAAAGCAGCAGAGGCAUGGCCAUUUCCAGGACACUCCAAUCACUACAUGUCAUUUUACAAGUAUCCAACUUAUGUCGUCAACCACUAUUACGACAAUUACAGUAGUGGCAAUAACGACAAUGGCGGCCUUCUCACUUUCUUCCACACUCCUUCUCUUUACUCAGUCGCUGUGUCGUCCGACCACGCCAUUGCUUCCCUCUUCAGUGACGACAAUCCCCAUGCUUGCUCCAUCAUGUAAUUAACUUUUUAAUUUCUUCCAAUUUUAUUACACAUUCUUCGUCUUCCUCGCUUCUACUUAAUUACUUCUUUUCUUGCUCAAGGUUUUGGAUUAAGUCACAGAUUUAUGUGAAUUUUUGUGUCAAUGGAUUUUUUUUUCCCUUUAAAUUUCCAACAUCUUUUGUAAAUAAGUUUAAAAUUAUUGUUAUAAUAUUAAUUUGGUCC